AGAGGGCCCGCCCCCUCCGGACUCCGCGCGCAAGCCCCGCCCCCCCUCUCCGGGCGGAAGUCCCGCCAGCCCCCGAGGAAGAGGCUGGGUGCGCCUGCGCAGAGAACGUGUCGCGCGCCGCCGCCGCCGCCUCCUCCUCCUCCUCCCGCUCCGCUGCGGCGCCAUUUUGGCGCAGGCUCCGGCGGGCGCGGCGGCAAGGCCGGAGCAGCGGCGCGAGAGCCCCGCCCGCCAUGAUGUCGUCGCCGCCCCCGCCGCCGCCCGCCGCCGCGUCCUCGUCGGGGCGCCGCUUCGACGCGUCGGACCGGGCGUCGUGGUACGCGGGCCCGCUGUCGCGGGCGGAGGCGCAGGGCCGGCUUCAGGGCCAGCGGCACGGGACCUUCCUGGUGCGCGACUCGUCCACCUGCCCCGGCGACUACGUGCUGUCGGUGUCGGAGAACGCGCGCGUCUCGCACUACAUCAUCAACUCGCUGCCCGGGCGGCGCUUCAAGAUCGGCGACCAGGAGUUCGAGCACCUGCCGGCCCUGCUGGACUUCUACAAGGUCCACUACCUGGACACCACCACCCUGCUGGAGCCCGCGCCCAGGUAUCCGCUGAUGGGUUCUGGUACUGGCUCUGGUGCAUCAGCUGCAGAGGAGAAUGUGGAAUAUGUUCGGACUCUUUAUGACUUUACUGGUAACGAUGCGGAGGAUCUACCAUUUAAAAAGGGGGAGAUACUCGUCAUCGUAGAAAAACCCGAAGACCAGUGGUGGAGUGCCAGAAACAAAGACGGGCGCAUUGGGAUGAUCCCUGUUCCUUAUGUUGAGAAGCUUGUGAGAUCAUCUCCUCAUGGGAAGCAUGGGGGCAGGAAUUCCAAUAGCUAUGGGAUUCCCGAGCCCGCUCAUGCCUAUGCUCAGCCUCAGACCUCGAGCCCUCUUCCCAGUGCCACCCAUACUCCUGGAGCUGUCAUCAACCCCUUGCCUUCGACCCAGAAUGGACCAGUCUAUGCCAAAGCCAUUCAAAAGAGGGUUCCUUGUGCUUAUGACAAGACUGCCUUGGCAUUAGAGGUUGGUGACAUUGUGAAGAUCACAAGGAUGAAUAUCAAUGGUCAGUGGGAAGGAGAAGUCCAUGGAAGAAAAGGGCUCUUCCCCUUCACACACGUCAAAAUAAUUGAUCCUCAGAAUCCCGAUGAAAAUGAAUGAUCUGCUGGCCCAUGUCUGCAAUGCUGCUUCCUUUUUCUGGCUAUCUUGAGCAUCAUUUGAAGUGCGAUGGUUGUUGAUGGCGCAGCUAAGGAUUGCCAGUCAUUCAUGUUUCCAUCUUGCAGUGAUUUCACAGCUCGACCGUGUCUCUUUUGGGAACGCACCUGGUAGUCCGGCAUUUGCAGUUUCUCCUAGAAGGUUUUUGGACUGUGAGCUGAUUGUGGUGCUAUCUAGGCAGAGGGGGAGGGAUUGAGACAUCCAGUUUCUUUGCCGAAAUGGAUAUUUUACUCAGAAAGAGAAUUCUAAACAAUUUUGUCUAACUCCAAACAAUAAUAAAAAUGCAUUUUUAUGGAAGAUGAGAGCACAUAAUCAUGUUAAACAAUUAUGUCUUUAGGGAAUUAUUGAUGCUUCUGUGCUACAAAGAAGGGUUUUUUGAGUUUGCCAUUGAUUUAGAAUAAAUUGUAGCAAACUCUUGAAAACUA